AUGGACCUGAUAGAGGACCCCAAAAAUUGGCUGGCGCUGAGCCGAUUAGACCCGGAACUUGCUGAGAUACUGCGGCAAGGUGGUAAGCCUCAAUUCGACAAGGACAAUAAUGUAGCGAACAUUCCCACUGUCCGCGCUGCUUGGGCACCAUUGUACAAACAGCUUGCAGAAGAAAUACUGCGUCAGGCCCAGCCGGAUGUUGUCCAAGAGGAGAUCUUCAUUCCAAGCCGAGACGGCCAUCUCGUGCGAUGCUUGGCCUACAAACCAGCAGUUCAGCCCCAGCAGGGCAGCCCACUGAUCGUACUAUGUCACGGCGGAGGCUGGUGCUUUGGAAGUCCGGAGAUGGAUGCCGUCAAUUGCAUCAAAGCUGCACAGCGGUACCAUGCGGUCGCACUCAGUGUGGACUAUCGCCUGGCGCCUGAAGAUCCUUUCCCGGCGGCUGUCAACGACAGCUGGGACGUGUUGAAAUGGGUCGCGGCAAACGCAUCUCAACUGGGUGCCAACCCUUCUCUUGGGUUCAUCAUCGGAGGCACGUCGGCAGGCGGUAACAUGUCAGCAGUUCUGUCACAUCUGGCGAGAGACACGGCCCUAUCACCACCGAUUACCGGCAUCUGGCUCGGAAUUCCCGCUCUUCUCAGCCACGAUGCCGUGCCAGAGAAAUACCAACCCCUCUACCUUAGCCGUGAGCAAAACAAAGAUGCUCCCAUCCUCCCCAAAGCCGCGAUGGAUAUGUACGAGGAAGCGUACAAACCAGAUCUUGUCUCUGAACUUUGGAAUCCCUUCAACUGGCCCAGCGGCCAUGCAAACCUCCCACCCCACUACUUCCAGAUCUGUGGCAUGGACGUCUUGAGGGACGAGGCGCUGCUCUACGAACGCGUUCUCCGUAAGGAUCAUGGAGUUAAGACUAGGGUCGACAUUUAUCCAGGCCUACCCCAUGUGUAUUGGGCUAAUUUUCCCACCCACUCGAAGAGCCAAGAUUAUGCCGUUGAUACCAACAACGGAUUUGGCUGGCUGUUGAACAAGGUGCGCUAG